UGGCUGAACAUGUCAAAUCUUUAAAGGUCAGAAAGCUCAGAACAGUUUCAUAAACUCCUAUUUAAAAUAUGAAUUAAAGUGUUGCUGUAAAUGUGGAUGGUUUGAGGAUAAUUUAGAUUUCCCAAGUGAAAGUCCAUGUUUACGACUGUCAACGAACGGAAGUUGUUGUACACCGUCGGACUUUUUUUUGUGAAACAUUGGCGGUAUUUUCGAUUCUUCACUGAACCUGCUGCCUGUUUGCUCCAGCCAGCCCAGUAACAGUGAGGUCGGAUAUGGAGGGUUGCUGAGUCCUGCUCUCGACCGGGGUCCGUCAGCCAGUCCAGCCGGACAGGACUCCGGUCAGGAGACGCAUAGUUAGGACGACAGGAUGAGCUCCACGGCCCCCCCGGCCAAGAGGAAAUGUUACAUGGGACGACAUCAGAUCAUCAAGAAAAACAGUGUCCCCGACCCUGAGCAGCCACUCACCCCAAGACGCUCCAGUCGCCUGCAAAACACUCAUAUACACACACUGCGUGACAACACACACACGGCCCGGAAUGUGGCUGCAGGACAGGUGUGUGUGGUAGGAGACUCCUCCUUGGACCCUGGAGAGGAGAUGCUGCAGGUUCUGGAUCCUGGAGGGAUGAAAUUAACACAUGGGGUAGAGAUGGGGGUAUCUUUAAUCCAGAGAGGGGUAUCCCACGCCUCUGCAGCUCCAGCCAAGACCUCCCACAGCCUGACACCAGGACCAGAGGUCGGGGCUAGGGUUGGACUGGGACCAGGUGUGUGUGAGCAUCCAGGGCUAGUUCAGACAGCGGACUGUAAGGACCUGGCUCAGUGCCUGCUGUUCAGUGAAGACUCAGAGGACAGAGAGCAUGCUGGGACGCUUCCACACAGACCUGCGGACGCCACACCCCCUCAGAAGAACUGCAGCUCCAGAGGUAGGAAGCGCAGGGCCAGGGGGAGGAGCUCUGAGACCACACCCACAGGAAGAGGAAAUGGUUCCUGCCAGAAUGCUGACUCCCCAUUGGACGUGUCUGAUGACUUCAUCCUGUUCAGACCCUCCCACGUGGCACGGGCGAGGGAGAGCGCGGCGCUACAGCGGUCUCUGAGGAACAACAUGUCAGCCUCUGUUCUCACGCCCCCUACUGGGCUGGAGGCCAGCACACUCAACACUACAGGUGCAGGUCUAUCAGCGGUGUUUAUGCGUCCAGACGAGCAGUGUGACAGGUUGUUGUUGUCCAGCUGGGGGCUGCCUGCUGCGGUCCUGGAACGCUACCGUCGUCAUGGUGUCUCCUCCAUGUUCCCCUGGCAGGCUCAGUGUCUCAGUCUGGGACGCGUGCUGCAAGGACACAACCUGGUCUACUCAGCCCCAACCAGUGCAGGGAAGACCCUGGUGGCAGAGCUGUUAAUGCUGAAGAGAGUCCUGGAGACCAGGAGGAAAGCUCUGUUUAUUCUGCCCUUUGUAUCCCUGGCCAAGGAGAAGAUGACCUACCUACAGAGUGUGUUCUCCGAGGCGGGGGUGUGUGUGGAGGGCUACAUGGGAGGCCGGGCUGCUCCAGGAGGUUUCAGUAGUCUGGACGUAGCAGUGUGUACUAUAGAGAAGGCCAACUCCCUCCUCAACAGACUCAUAGAGGAGGAUUCCAUGGACCUACUGGGUGUGGUGGUUGUGGAUGAGCUUCACAUGGUAGGAGACUCUGGUAGAGGAUAUCUGCUGGAACUACUGCUCACUAAGAUACGAUACAUCGCCCUCAAACACAACACCAACAACGGCUCCUUAUCAGAAGGUAUCCAAAUCGUGGGUAUGAGUGCCACCCUCCCAAACCUGUCCCUGCUGGCUGGGUGGCUGGAUGCGGAGCUUUACCAGACUGACUACAGACCCGUCCCGCUGAAGCAGAGGCUCAAGGUGGGGAACAGCAUCUACGACUCCAGCCUCUCUCUGGUCCGAACCUUCGAGCCCCUGAUCACGGUCAAGGGAGAUGAGGACCACAUACUGUCUCUAUGUUAUGAGACAGUGAGUGAGGGUCACUCUGUCCUCCUGUUCUGUCCUUCCAAGAGCUGGUGCGAGAAACUGUCUGACAGUAUUGCUAGAGCGUUCUACAACCUCAGACACACAGGUGGUCAGGUGGUCAGUGGUGUGGCGCUCCAGGCUGUGGCAUUGGACCAGGGGGGAGUGGUGGAUGUGUUAGCCCAGCUCAGACGCACCCCGGCUGGGUUAGACCCAGUCCUGCAACGCACCGUGCCCUGGGGGGUGGCCUUCCACCACGCUGGUUUGACGUUUGAUGAGCGAGACGUGUUGGAGGGAGCAUUCCGAGGGGGCGUGGUCAGAGUGUUGGCGGCGACCUCAACCUUGUCAUCGGGGGUCAACCUGCCUGCACGUAGGGUUAUCAUACGAACUCCGACCUUUAAUGGCCGUCUGCUCGACCCCCUGACCUACAGACAGAUGGCCGGACGCGCCGGGAGGAUGGGAGUCGACACUGAGGGGGAGAGUGUGUUGGUGUGUAAAGAGGCUGAGCGUCAAAAGGGUGUGUGUCUUCUCCAGGGCUCUCUGCAGCCAAUCAGCAGCUGCCUGGUGAAGAGGGAGGGGGAGGGCCUAACCACCAGCAUGCUCCGAGCCAUCCUGGAGAUCAUUGUUGGGGGCGUGGCCAGCUCUCCCCAGGAUGUGAGGCUUUAUGCUUCCUGUACGCUGCUGGCUGCUGGUGCCCGCUAUGACACCACAGGAGGGGAGACGGGAGGAGGCGUGCGGGAGGGAGCGAUAGAGGCAUGCGUGGAAUGGUUGAUUGAGAAUGAGUUCAUAUCUAUCCAAAGAGAGGGUAAUGAGAGGGGCAGAGGGGGAGAGUGGGAUGAGAGAGGGGGGGCAGGAGGACAAGAGAGGUACUGCCCCACCCACCUGGGUUCUGCCACUCUCUCCUCCUCUCUCUCGCCUCCCGAGGCACUGGGCAUCUUCUCAGAUCUACAGAGAGCCAUGAAGAGCUUCGUAUUGGACAACGACCUACACACACUCUACCAGAUAACUCCUGUGUUUGCUGAGUGGACCACAAUAGACUGGUACCAGUUCUGGUGUCUGUGGGAGGGGCUUGGCUCAUCCAAUAAGAGAGUAGCAGAGCUGGUGGGUGUUCAGGAGAGCUUCUUGGCUCGGUCUGUUAGCGGGAAACUGAUCGCCAAGACAGACAGACAGAGACGACAGAUGGCCAUACACAAACGGUUCUUCACUACUCUGGUCCUUCAGGACCUUGUCAAUGAGGUUCCUCUGGGUACCGUGGCAACCAAGUACAACUGUAGCCGCGGACAGCUACAGUCUCUACAGCAGUCUGCCUCCACGUAUGCAGGCAUGGUAACGGUGUUCUGCCGGCGGCUGGGAUGGCACAGCUUGGAGUUACUCCUGUCCCAGUACCAGACCAGGCUGAGCUUUGGGGUCCAGAGGGAACUGGUCGACCUGGUCAGGGUCUCACUGCUGAGCGCAACAAGGGCACGAACACUCUACGACCAGGGCCUCGCUACGGUGGCCCAGCUGGCCAGGGCAAAGGUCACUGAGGUGGAGAAGGCCCUACGCAAGGCUGUCCCCUUUAAGAGUUCUCGUCGUGCGAUGGAUGAGACCGAGGGGGAGGCAGCUGAGAGGCGGAGCUUACGGUGUGUCUGGGUCAGUGGGGGGCGUGCUCUAACAGAACACGAGGCAGCCAUUGAAAUCGUGUCUGAGGCCAGGCUCCUCCUCCAGCAAGACCUCGCCCUAUUGGGGGUGACCUGGGACCCAGCGACACUGCCCACGGAAACACGCCCUAACAACGACCAUGACAACGACUCACCAGAGACACAGCGGGACCGGUCCAAAUCCUGGAGAGAUAAAGAGAGGAGGUUAAAUGAGAAGAAAGAGAUGGAAGACAGAGGGAGAAAUGUGGUUGAACAGAAAGAGAGAAAGGAGAGAGGAGGAGUGGAGGUGGGAGAGAGGGAAAAGAGAGGAGUAGAGGUUGGAGAGAGAAAGGAGAGAGGAGGAGUGGAGGUGGGAGAGAGGGAAGAGGGAGGAAACGAGGAAGACCCUAACCUUCCUGUCUGUGACAGGAGAGGUAUAAACACCCAGGACUUAGCUGAACUAGUCAGUAGCCCUCACCCCCCUCUCAAUCCCUCCAACCACCCCUUCCACUCUCCCCCUCCCCGUUUCAGAGCCCCCACCUCCCGAGUGGAGGAACCUCUGACCAGUGUUUCUGGGGGGACAGUAAAGAGGGACGGACUGGGCGUGGCAGGGAGAUCUCCUGCACAGGCAUGUAGAAGACAGCCGUCCACAGCUCUGAGGAAAGUGCUGCGCUCUAUACACUCAGAGAGGAGGGAGGAGGGGGAGGAGGAGGAGAGGAGGGAGGAUGAAAAGAGGGGAGAGAGAGAGGAGGAGGAGAAGAUGGGAGAAAGGGAGGAGAAGAGCGUAGAGAAAAGAGAGAGUGAGGAGAGGAGGAGAGGAACAUCGUUUAAACUUCCUCCUGAAACACUACCAGUUCCUGCCCCGAUCUUGGUUUCUACCCCAAAGUCUGCACCUCUCCUCCAGAGCAAGGCACCACCAGAGGUCCCUGUCCCCCCUCCUCCCUGCCUCCUCUCCCCUGUCCCCCCUCCUCCCCGCCUCCUCUCCCCUGUCCCUCCUCCCCUCUUCCUCUCCUCUGCCCAAGCCCCAGCUCUUUCUCUCUCUUUUGUAGUCAAACGCCGGGGGGUGGAAGAGCAGGAUAGGUGUGGGUCUCCUGAACUCUACGAGGAGGAGGAGGAGGGAAAGUUUGGGGAUAGUUUGGAGUUGGACACUCAGACUGAGAGAAUGAUUCUACUACAAGACCAGAGAGAGGAGAGGGAGAGAGAGUGUGCUAACUCACAGCAUGAGAGAGGAAGGAGGGAGAAGGGUGGAGAGGAGGAGAGAGGAAGGAGGGAGAGAGGUGGAGAGGAGGAGAGAGGAAGGAGAAAGAAAGGUGGAGAGGAGGAGGAGAGAGGGAGGGAGAAAGGUGGAGAGGAGGAGAGAGGGAACAGGGAGAAGGGUGGAGAGGGGAAAUCCACUGACGUUAACCCACCGAACCCCUCACCAGUCAACAGUAUCCAUGGCAACCCCCAUACCUAUGGUUUCCAUGACGACGCUGCGCCCAGAUACAACUUCUCUCUGACUGACAGCCAGAUGGAACAGAUCCUCGACAACCAGAUCUUGGCAGGCGAUAAUGAUGACGAUGAUGGACCCUUCCCACCCCCUAGCGCACACCGCUCCUCAGGGACCAAUGAGAACAGUCUAAACGGCAGUAGCAGCUUCCUAUUCGACAGCCUGUACGACAGCUCUUUAUUGGCUGGGCUUAGCCACGACUCUCACCAAUCAGAGGAGGAGAAGGAGGGGCCUGUUGUCAUGGAGACCAGUCUCCUGUCCAACCAGCAGCGGCAACGCAGCGGGCUCAUAGCCAAUCAGGAGGCAGAGGAACAGGAGGCCGUCCAAUGGGGCGAGUCGUCCUUCAACCUAUCAGAGUGGGGCGACUCUCUGCUGGUUGGAGAGCACUUCCUGGAGAGGCGGAGCCUGCUGAGACACACGGAGGGAUUGCAACACGAACAAGACUGCGGUCAGACCGACAGACCCCAACCUGACCAUGGGGAAACAGAGCAACAAGGACCUCAACCCAACCACAGCAAUGGUCAGACAGACGAUCGCGGUCGGGGAAAAAACACACAUGACCAGUGUUUGACGGAGCGACCGCAACACAAUCACAGUGGUCUGUUAUAUGAACCCAAAGACAACCAUAACCAGACAGACAGACUGACACAGAACACUGGUGGAGAAGAGGUGGAACCUUCCUGGUCAGAGAGACGGGGAGAGAAGAGGAGAGAGGGGAUGAGAAAUGUAGUGGGAGAGGAAAGGGGAGAAAAAGGAGGAGAUGGAGGGGUUGAGAAGGAGAGAGAUGUGAGAGGUGUUGCAGUGUGUGAGAGCAGGCUGUUUAAAAGACCUGCAUCACGGAGAGAUGGAGGGAGAGAGCGAGAGGAGGAGAGAGAGAAGUGGAGAGAGUCUGAACCCUCCCUCCUCUGCAGCCCUGGACUCCAGGACAUCUUUGAUCGUUGGCCUAGUAUGUCUGACCAGCCCUCCCAACACCCUCUGCUACCACCUGCUCACACACUCUCACACACUGCUGUUGACAACCAAGACUCAGAGGACAGUUUGACUGGUCUGACUGAUCUAACAGCACUGGGACGUGCUGAGGAGGACAGAGAGACAGAGGACAGUUUGACUGAUCUAACAGCACUGGUACGUACUGAGGAGGACAGAGAGACAGGAGAGACCAGUGUGAGAUGUGGUGAGACGAGGCAACCCCUGAGGGAGAAAGAGGGGGAGAGACGAGGGGAGAACAACGUGAGAUGGGGGGGGACAUGGGGACAACUGGGGGAAAGAGAAGAGGGGAGAUCAGGUGGGGCUCAUGGGGACCUCAUCCCCCCAACUCAAGAAACUGUCAAACUGACCAUCUCCUCAACCCCCACCCCUCGACCUAUCCACCAAUCAGCUCAUUCCUCCCGCCUCCCUGAUCAACCAGCAGUCUCUGUUGGUCCCCAGUUCCUGAAACCAGAUCCCAAAACGGACACACACUCUCACUCAGCCCCCAAAAUAGACCUCAAACCUCCCCCUCUCCCCAAAACAGACCCUAAACCUCCCCCUCACCCCAAAACAGACCCUAAACCUCCCCCCAAAACAGAUACCAAACCUCCCCCCAAAACAGACACCAAACCUCCCCCCAAAACAGACACCAAACCUCCCCCUCAACCCAAAACGUUGCUAGACUCUCCUCCUGUCCUCUCCUCCCCCUCAUCUCUGACUGACGAGGGCUUCACCCUCCAGCUCUCCCAGGAUGCAUCUCUCUCUCCCAGCAGCCCUAGCGGUGGGCUGGCCAUCAUAGACGUGGCGAGCGACAGAACACUGUUCUACACCUUUAUAGAGGAGUGGAGGAGGAAGGAGAGGUAUUCCCUCGUUCCUGUCUGUCAAACGAUAGAACACGGAGGAGACGGAGGGAUUGGAGGGAGGCAGAUGAGAGGUCUUCCCCGGUGUUCCUCAGGAAGUGUGGUGUUAACAGGACUGGCUGUCUGCUGGGGAGGAACAGACUGUUACUACAUAUCACUACUACAGCAGCAGAGUACCGAGAUGUGCUCCAGUAUGGCCCCGCCCCCGCUGGCUGCUGAUUUGCCAGUUGGAGAGAGGGUGGAGCAGAUGAGAGCCUGUCUGAGUAAGUCAUUGGCCGACGGGGCAGGGGGUGUGGUCAUGACUUAUGACAUCAUCCAGGUAUACAAGACACUGGUGCUGAGCUAUGGUAUCUCCUUGGAAGGACCCUGUGAAGACAUGAAGGUGGCGUCUUGGCUGUUGGACCCGGGUAGUGAGGAGAGAACUCUAACCAACAUGGUCACCUGCUACUGUCCCUCAGAACUACCGCUGCUGGAUGGACGCACACACUCCCCUCGCCUACGAGCAGCCAUAGACAGCGUGCUAAUACACAGCACCAUGGGUCACCUCACUACCCUGAUGGAGAAAGAUGGACUGAUAGAUGUGUUCCGCAGUGUGGAGAUGCGUUCCCAGGUGUGCCUGGCGCUGCUAGAGCUGAAUGGGAUUGGCUUCAGCUGGGAGGAAUGUGACAGGCAGAAACACGUGAUGCAGGCCAAGCUGUCAGCUCUGGAGACACAGGCCUACAGCCUUGCUGGACACAACUUCUCUCUGACUAGCACCGAGGAUGUGGCACAGGUGUUGUUCCGUGAGCUGCGCCUGCCUCCCAGCUGUGAUUUGAGCGGGGGGAGGGGUAAGAAGACCCUGGGGUACAGCAGGAGAGGAACAGGACGCGCCGGGUUGGGGAAACCGUUCAGUACCACCAAGGACAUCCUGGAGAAGCUCAGUUCCCUCCACCCGUUGCCGGGGGUGAUUCUGGAGUGGAGGAGGAUCACCAACGCCUUGACAACGGUGGUGUUUCCCCUGCAGAGAGAGAAACGACAUCACCCCCUGCUGGUUAUGGAUAGAAUACAUCCUGUCUCCCAGACACACACUGCUACAGGCAGAGUGAGCUUCACAGAGCCAAACAUCCAGAACGUUCCGAAGGACUUUGAGAUCCAGAUGGCCUCUGUGGUGGAGGAGAGCCCGCCCUCACAAGAUGGACGCCGGACAGGUCGGGGCCGUUCCAGGCUGAUCAGACCUCCAGCUCCUCCUCCUGAAGGGGCCGUGGCCUUCUCCGUCAGCAUGAGACACGCCUUUGUACCUUUCACAGGAGGGAUGGUAUUAGCAGCAGAUUAUUCCCAGUUGGAGCUCAGAGUGUUGGCUCACCUCUCUAAGGACAAACGUCUGCUACAGGUGUUGAAUGGAGGAGCUGAUGUGUUCCGCUGUAUCGCUGCUGAGUGGAAGAACAUUGACCUGGAGACUGUAGACGACACCCUGAGACAACAGGCUAAACAGAUAUGUUAUGGUAUAAUCUAUGGGAUGGGAGCCAAAUCUCUGGGGGAGCAGAUGGGGAUCGAGGAGGACGAUGCAGGUGCCUAUAUCCAGAGCUUCAAGGACCGAUACACAGGUAUCCACAGGUUCCUGAAGGAGACAGUGCGUAGCUGUGUGAAGAAGGGUUUUGUCCAGACUCUACUGGGGAGGAGGAGAUACCUACCUAACAUCAACAGCAACGGCUACACCAGGAAACAGGCGGAGCGUCAAGCUGUUAACACGACAGUCCAGGGGUCAGCCGCUGACAUCGUUAAACUGGCUACCGUCAACAUUCAGCAAUGUCUUAGAGACACCUACCCUGCUGCUCCUCUCUCACACCAACACACAGAGAACCGUGGUCAUGGCAGGGCUGUUAAACGUCAUCGUGGGGCGUUUUUCAUCCUGCAGCUUCAUGAUGAACUCAUCUAUGAGACCGCAGAGGAGGACCUCAUACAGGUGGCUCAAAUAGUGAAAAGAGAGAUGGAGAGUGCUGUGAAGCUCUAUGUUAAGCUGAAAGCCAAGGUCAAGGUGGGACCCAGCUGGGGGAACCUGCAGGACCUGGACAUCUGAACAACGUCCCAAUGAUCUCCCCUUCCUCCCAAUGGAUCUGAACAACGUCCCAAUGAUCUCCCCUUCCUCCCAAAGGACCUGAACAACGUCCCAAUGAUCUCCCCUUCCUCCCAAUUAUCUCCCCUUCCUCCCAACGGGCCUGAACAAUGUCCCAAUGAUCUCCCCUUCGUCCCAAUGAUCUCCCCUUCCUCCCAAAGGAUCUGAACAACGUCCCAAUGAUCUCCCCUUCCUCCCAAAGGAUCUGAACAACGUCCCAAUGAUCUCCCCUUCCUCCCAAUGAUCUCCCCUUCCUCCCAAAGGAUCUGAACAACGUCCCAAUGAUCUCCCCUUCCUCCCAAAGGAUCUGAACAACGUCCCAAUGAUCUCCCCUUCCUCCCAAUGGACCUGAACAACGUCCCAAUGAUCU